CGAAACUCUAGUCCUCGUCUUGAGCCCGAGACUCUUUAAUGGUCUUCCCGCUUUGCCCUCCCCGUCUCCUUCGCCACCGCUUCCUUCCCCAUUUCCCUCCCCUCUUUGCCUCCCACGGUCUUGUCAGACACCGCAAUCAGGAAGCAUGUCGGAUGAGGAUUGAGGAACACCAUUUUGGGUCGAAGGCCGACGCGGGGGCUUCCAAGACGUAUCGACAGCAGGCCGGAACCAUCCGCAAGAACGGUUACAUUGUCAUUAAAGGGCGGCUGUGCAAGGUAAAUCUGUUGACUGAGAAUGGUAACACUAAGGAUGACUUAAGACUCCCAACUGAUGAAACUCUGCUUGCUCAGAUUAAAGAUGGUUUGCAGAAGGGAAGGAUCUGGUGGUGACUGUCGUGUCAUCAAUGGGUGCAGAGCAGAAAUGUGCCCUGAAGGACAUUGGCCCCAAGUAGCUUAGUCUGCUUCCACUUGCCACUUGGUUUAGUUAGCAGUGGAUUCUGUAAGCAUAAGAAAGCCAGACUUGAAGAAGAAAUAUGUCAUGCCUUGCUAUUAAAGGACUUCAGUUUGGUUUCCACCCCUAUAAACGAGCACGAAGUUGUUGGUGAAGAAUUGAGAGAAUAAAGAAAACAUAUUUCAAUUAGUAUUAGUAUCAUAUGAAGUCUAUUUAUACAU